AUGGAGCCAAAGGAUAUCAAGGUGGAGCAACCGCCCGCUGUGGAGAAGGAUGUGGCACUCGGAGAUGUCGACGAUAUCGGAGCAGGUUUAUUUAUUGAGGCUGAUCGACUAUCGGCUGAUGAGCUAGAGAGAGAGAGCGCGAAGGUGCUAAGAAUUCUGGAUUGGAGACUGAUGCCAAUCCUCUAUGUGACCUAUGUGAUACAAUUUCUCGAUAAACUAUCACUCAAUUAUGCGUCUGCAUAUUCACUCAUCCCCGAUCUUGGUCUCGAGGGUCAGCGUUAUUCUUGGGUUGCAGCCAUCUUCAAUUUUGGAUACCUCUUUUGGGCUAUCCCGGCGAACCUAUUGCUUCAGAAGCUGCCUGUUGCUAAAUACAUGGGAGGAAUGCUUAUUAUCUGGAGCAUCAUUGUGAUCGCCCAUAUCGGAGCGAAGAACUAUGCAGGCAUAUUGGUACUUAGAUUCCUGCUGGGAAUGGCAGAGGCAGGUGUUAGUCCAUGCAUGAUGAUGAUCACAUCUAUGUUCUACAAGCGCUCCGAACAGCCUCUGCGCAUGGCUAUCUGGUUGAGUGCCAACGGUAUGGCGACUAUGGUAGGAGCACUGCUAGGCUUUGGCCUCGGACACUCCCACAAUACGACACUACAUAGCUGGCAACUCAUCUUCCUAACCAUUGGACUACUCAACUUUCGGGUAGCGGAGAAUAUGAUUGGUGUUAAGAAUCGACAAAUCAAGCUGGGACAGGCUGUGGAAAAUUUAUACGAUAUCAAGGUCCUCUGCUGUGUGGGCAUUGGAAUUGGCUGUGGGGUUAUUAACGGGGGCGGAAUCUAUGCCACCCUUCUCCAGCUACCAACGGGUGCUUUUGAGGCUGCUAUAGUCCCGAUAUGUGGCCUCGUUGCAACAUAUGUCCCCAACUCACGGUGUGUUGUUCUUGCUACUGUGUGCUUGAUUCCAUUCGCUGGUCUAUUGGGUAUCCGCUUCACAAGCCUUGACCACCGAUGGACGCUCGUUGGCUGUACCUGGCUACAGUAUAUCGUUGGUGCACCGGUCAUUGUUUGUUGGAAUAUAUUGUCCACUAAUGUGGCAGGCCACACUAAACGAGCUGUCGCUAAUGGUUUGUGGUUCACACUGUAUGCUGCGGGUAAUGUUGCUGGUGCGAAUAUCUUCUUUUCUCGUGAAGCUCCACGCUACUACUCUGCGCUUACCGGACUUCUGGUAUGCUAUGCGGGCAUAAUUGUUCUGUCACUUGUGACAUACGUCGUUAUGCGAUGGGAAAACAUACGAAGAGAUGCUGCGGCAAUGGUUGCAGGGGAGAAUGUGACCGCUAGUGAGGCACAGGAUAUUACUGCUUCACAAGCCAUUUUGGAUGGUUUUAAGGACAUUACUGACAUGGAAGCCAAGCAUUUUAGAUAUGCACUUUGA